AUGGUCCCGUUUGCGGUGAAGAUGUGGAGCCGCUGUCUGUGGACGCUGUUACCGCUGUUCGUCCCGGUCCAUGGCGUCUUCAAAAAGCUGUACUGCUCCCUGUCCGAGAGCUGCGAGUGCGACUUCAAGCCAGACAUCAGAGGCCUGGAGUGGGACCUGUACAAGAAUGUGUUCGGGCAGCACUUGGCGCAAGAGGCCGUGUCCCAGGAAGUGUCCACGUUCCUCCAGACAAAGAGUCCUGAUCGCCCCCUGGUGUUGUCUCUGCACGGCGCCUCGGGAACAGGGAAGACUCUGGUCAGCUCCAUGUUGGGCUCACACCUGUACGGGUCCGGCAUGAACAGCCCGUUCGUCCACCAGUUUAUCCCCACGCUGCACUUCCCCCAGGCCCAGCACGUGGACAAGUACCGGAGGGCACUGAAGGACUGGGUGCAGGGGAAUCUAACGGAGUGCGCCCGCUCGGUCUUCCUCUUUGAUGAGAUGGAGAAGAUGCCCCCGGGACUCAUCGACGUCCUGGAGCCUUUCCUCGGGCCUUUCCACGUGGUCUACAGCACCAACUACCGCAAGGCCAUCUACGUCUUCAUCAGCACUGUUGGCGAAGAGGUGAUUUCGAAAGCAGUAUUGGCCGCUCGCCGCUCGGACCGAGACCGAGACGAGAUCAGACUGAACGAGCUGCAGGAGGCCAUCGCACACGAGGCCUUCAACUCCACAGACAGCGGCUUCUCGGGCUCGCGGGUCGUGUCUCAGGGCCUGGUGACGGUCUUCGUGCCCUUCUUGCCGCUGACCCGAGCACAUGUGGAGCGGUGUGUGCGCGCCCAGCUCUGUCAGAGGGGCCACUGUGGGCGCAGUGACGUGGUCCAGGCAGUGGGGGGCGCCCUGAGCUACUCCCCCAAACACGGACAGUAUUUCUCCACCACUGGGUGCAAAGCCGUGCCCGCAAAGAUAGACCUGCACCUAUGA